AUGUCGAUCACAAAGGAUGUGGUCAGAUUUGGCACCUUCGUGGUAACAAGUCAGGUCUUCCAUCUGACUCGUCUGUCAUUCGCAAUCGUAAACCUCAAACCACUGCUACCCGGCCACGUGCUGGUUUCACCUCGGCGGGUCGUGCCGCGCUUCAACGAUCUUUCGGCCGCCGAGGUGCAAGACCUCUUCCUGACCGUGCAGCGUGUGUCUCGCAUGGUAGAGCGUGUCUUUGCUGCCUCGUCUCUGAAUAUAGCCAUACAGGAUGGUGCAGACGCGGGUCAGAGCGUCCCACACGUCCAUGCCCACAUCAUCCCUCGAAAGAAGCAUGACCUGGAGCACAAGGGCGGCACCGAUGCUAUAUACGAGAUGAUGGAGAGCGAGGAAGCCCACCUCGGCAACCAGAUGAGGGACAAGGAAAAGGCUGCUCAAGCUGACUUCGCCAAAGACGAGGAAAGAGUGAGGUUCCCGGCAGUGGACAAUGACAGUCGCAAGCCGAGGAGUGACGAAGAGAUGCGGAAAGAGGCAGAAUGGCUGGCAGAAGAGAUGGCGAAGGAUGAGCAAGUAUAA